ACGGACGCAAACCCGGAGCAGUUUAUGGGCCGGAAGUGCGGCCCCGCGGGCGGAAGUCAUGACCUCGCGGGGGACUCCGAGCCGCUUCCUUCGCUCUGUCCUUCACAACGGCCUCGGCCGCUACUUGUGUCAACUCAAGAGGCUGAGCCUCGUGUUCAGCCACCGCGGGCCCGGCAGCAGGGCCGUCAGAGAGUACAUCGAGGAAGAAGUGGUGGAUUUUGCCAAACAGAAUCCCAGCAUUGUGGUAUAUGUUACCCCACUGAAGGACGGAACCCCUAAAGUAGUUGCAGAAUACUUGAAUGGCGCUGUGAGAGAGGAACCUCUGAACAAGAAGAGUGUUGAGGAGAUAAAGCAGCUGGUCAGGAAGCUGUCCAGUCAGUCAGGCCUGGACGUGAUCCGCAUCCGAAAACCUUUCCACACGGACAACCCGAGCAUCCAAGGCCAAUGGCACCCAUUCAUCAAUAAGCCCAGUACCCUGAACAUUCAGGAUUUCAGGACAAGAGACUGGAGAGUGGCUCGUGACGGGAACCCACCAAAACCCUCUGUAUUGUUGACACAAUCUCACCUCUGUUUCAAUAAUAAAUUAUAAAGAAAAA